CAUAUCCUCCUCCUUCACGUUCGCCUUCUGCUAUCAUGCGCCAGAAAGGCGGCGAGGGGGGUACACGUUAGGGCAGAUGCAGUACUGGAAGGGCGGUGUUCGUCUCAUCCCUCCUUUCCUUUUCUCUAGACAGCUUGUAGUGCGCCGUUCUUGCAGCAAAUUGUUCGUCGGAGGACUUUCUUAUGAUACUAAUGAGAAUGUCCUAAAGGAUGCUUUUGAACAGCAUGGUGAAAUAAUUGAAGCGAAAGUUAUUUGUGACCACGUGAAUGGCAAAUCAAAAGGAUAUGGGUUCGUCCAGUUCAGUUCAGAAACUGCAGCCUGCACAGCCUUAAAGGAAAUGAACGGUCAGUUACUAGAUGGCAGAAAUAUACGCAUUGAGUACGCGCACAAGGGGUGACCUCAAUGGAGUUCUGCUUCUUAUACUUGGGUGGUUCUUGUUUAAAUGAGACAGAAAUUGAAGUUACAAUGAAGUUCCUUUUUAUAUCAACAGAACAUGUUUCUUUAAACGAUUCUUGUGAUUUGACUAUCAUGGAGUAGGCUGAUUUAGUCGCAGGUUAUAUAAUUGUGCGAGUUUGGUAAGUUCAGUUGGAAGAGCUGUGACUUGGCCACAAAGCCUAUGCUUGUAGCAAAUUCAGUCGUGACAUUUUGUUUUGCAGGGGCUCCUCCUUCACCAUCCAUCGGUGUCACGUUUGAAUCGGCCUAUGGCCUUGCACUCUUACCGAAGGGGUAAUGAUGUUUUGGUUUGAAUGAUGUUGCACCCUCAAUGUGCUUUACGCUGCCAAAAUUCUCAUAUGCAUCUCGGUGAGAAUUAUUCUAACUAGUUAUGGAUGACUGGAUGUUUACUUUGAACUCUACUUACAAUUCCAACAGCCGGCAAUACAGUGGAAGCAGAUCAUUGGAUGGAUUGGCUGAAUGGAAAACGAGACUCGAUCAAGUUGUCAACUCUAUUACUUUCCCUGCACUUAAAACUUGAUGUUUUUUCUCUUGAAUUUGUCUCUUUUAGUAUUGAACUCGCUGUUUGUCAAUACGUUGUUGGCGUGGCCAUUGAUUAAGGAAAGAUUUGGAUCCUCCACGUCCAUUCAAAUAUUAAUUUUGUUACUUG